UGGAGGCCGGUGAAAUUGCAGGUGGUGGCGCGUGGGUUAAGUUGAUUAAAAAAAACAAACGGAGAGGAGGAGGAGGGGCGGUAGACGGAGGGGGGACCUCCCUCCUCCUCACCGGUGGACGCUCUCUUGUGAAGAUAAAAACACUCACGGAGAGAGGGGAGCUCACUGGAGGAGGUGAGAGAGAGAGACGAGCUCCAUAAUUUGGGAAAUUGCAGUUGCGUUGAAUAAUGGUUUAUUUACUUCUGAGCCAGCGAAAUUUUGGAUUUUUCCAUCUUCUGUUCAUGCAUAUAUUUCUUAAAGGGCAGGAUCUCGAUGGUGUGCUUCCACCUUCCCUGGCGAAGCUUCCCUACCUAAAGACGAUUGACCUCACUCGAAACUAUCUCACUGGUACAAUUCCACCCGAAUGGGCUUCUACAAAGUUGAAAUUCCUGUCCGUUACUGUAAACAAGUUAUCAGGGCCAAUCCCAAGCUACCUAGGAAACAUUACCACUCUUGUAUACAUGAGCAUAGAGAACAAUCUGUUUUCUGGAAUUGUUCCCCCUGAGCUUGGGAGUUUGGUUAACCUGGAGAAUCUUAUUCUUAGUGCUAACAAUCUCACUGGAGAGUUGCCAAAAUCUCUCACUAAUCUAACCAAAUUAAUGGAACUGUAA